AUGUCCACCUACACUUGUAACUCUUGUGGGUUGCAGUUCUCCAGUGCGAAGGACCAGAGGGAUCAUAUGAAGACCGACUGGCACAGUUAUAACUUGAAAAGAAGAGUUGCCGAGCUUCCGGCCAUCAGUGAAGCAACUUUCAACGCCAAAGUAAAAUCUUUUAGUGAGCAGAAAGAGGAGCCAGAAAAGAAGAGACAACUUACAAAGAAGGAUGUAAGAAGAAAAGAGAAAGAGGCUCUUCUAGCCAAGAAGAAAGUCUUAUUGGAACAGGCUCGCGAGAGUAUCAUUUCAAACACACAGAAAAGUCAUGACGCUGAAUCUUCCAAGGUCGAGGCUGCACAGGAAGUGCAGCUCGAAACAGAGAGCGAGCAACCUGAAAAAGUAGAAAAAUUGGAAGAAACGCAGGAAACUCAAGAAACUCAAGAGGACGAUCUCACGCCAGACCAACUAGCUGAGAAGCUGAUGCAAGAAAAGAUAGACAACAAAGUGGAUAUUCCUUUGAACCACUGUCUGUUCUGCACGAAGGGGAGCCCCUUCUCGGACUUAGACGAAGCGUUAGAACAUAUGUUCAAGUGCCAUGGGUUCUACAUACCCGAACAAAAGUAUCUGGUAGACAAGGAAGGUUUGAUGAAGUAUCUUUCCGAAAAAAUCGGUCUCGGAAAUAUGUGUCUAUGCUGCAAUUAUCAGGGUCGCUCGCUAGAGGCAGUGCGUGCGCACAUGCUAGCUAAGGCGCAUUGCCGAAUUCCAUACGAAAGUGAGGAUGAGAGACUAGAAAUUUCAGAGUUUUACGAUUUUUCCAGUACUUACGCCAAUCACCCAGAAGAUGCCGGUAAUGAAGAAGACUGGGAGGAUGUUGGCAGUGGAGAAGAAGGUGCCGAGAAUGAAGACGAAAACGAGGAAGAUGUGCCACAAGAAUAUAUCUACAACGAUGGCAUAGAGCUGCAUUUGCCAACCGGUGUUAAAGUCGGCCAUCGGUCGCUCCAGAGAUACUACAAACAAAACCUUAAGCCAGAAACUGUUCUAACUGAGGGCCAAGGUACGUUGAUAGCGGCGGAGACCAGACACUUUGCUACAAUUGCCGAUCCAAAGCAGGUGGCCACCCAAAAAAGAGUCUGGCAAACGCAGAUUAAGGACCUUAAAACCCACGAUAAGAGAGCUGCCAAGUUUGUCAACAACCAACCUCAUUACAGGGACCAACUUCUGCAGUAA